CAUAAAUUUUAUUAUAACAAGAAAAAAAAACCGUUUCAUUUAUUAUUUAUCAAUUCCGUUCUUUCGUGAUCUGUAUGCAACUCACGUUUUCAUAUAUAAACUCCAUUCGCCGGAGCCACCAUUGCGAGCUCCGGCGAUGCUUUUUCCGGCGGUCAUUCUCCCCUGAACCCACCACUUCUUAGUCAUGGGUAUGCUAUGGGACGACGUCGUUGUGAUCCGACAGGGGAGAGACCCCGAUGAGCCUUGCGUCGUCACGGUCAAUUGCCCCGACAAGGCUGGUCUCGGUUGUGAUCUUUGCCGAAUCAUCCUCGAGUUCGGUCUUCGCAUUACCAGAGCUGAUAUUUCAACGGAUGGAAGAUGGUGCUACAUCGUGUAUUGGGUUGUUCCACAUCCUUCAUCUCUCAAAGUUGAUUGGGAAAGCUUGAAGACUAGGCUCCUCUCAGCUUGCCCUUCCUUUUUAUUUUCCUAUCACUUCAAUCAACAGUCUACUAGUCCUUCACCGCCUCCAAUUUACCUAUUGAAGGUUUGGAUUAUUGACCAAAAAGGAUUACUACAUGAUAUUAAUGAAAUCCUCUGCAACCUUCAACUUAUUAUUCAGAGAGUCAAAGUGAUGCCAACCCCAGAUGGCAGGGCCUUGGACCUGUUCUUUAUCACCGAUGGAAUGGAAUUGUUGCACACAAAAAAGAGGCAAGAUUAUGUAUGUGAAUAUCUGAUGGAUGCUUUAGGAGAGAGGUGCAUCUCCAGUGAACUUCAGUUGGCUGGGCCUGAAUAUGGACAUUUGCAGGGCUUUUCUUCUCUUCCACCAGCUUUUGCUGAAGAAUUAUUUAGUUCUGAGCUGUUAGACAAGGUGUCUGUGCAUCCUCUCAGCCAAGAUAUGACAACACUGAAGAAGCCAACUGUUAUGAUGGAUAAUUCAAUGAGCCCAGCUCAUUCCUUGCUUCAGAUACAGUGUGUUGACCAGAAGGGCUUGUGUUAUGACAUUAUGAGGAUUUCUAAGGACUCUGAUAUUAAGGUUGCUUAUGGUCGAUUCUCUUCAAGUGUGAAAGGCUUUCGAAAUAUUGAAUUAUUUGUUAAGCAAAUAGAUGGGGAAAAGAUCAUAGAUCCUGAAAGUCAGAAAACUUUGUGUUCUUGCUUAAAAGAAGAGAUGCUUCAUCCAUUGCGGGUGAUUAUAGUGAACCGUGGUCCAGAUACAGAACUACUUGUUGCUAAUCCUGUAGAGCUGUGUGGAAAGGGAAGACCCCGUGUAUUCUAUGAUGUUACAUUGGCUUUAAAAGCGUUGGGAGUUUUCAUUUUCUCGGCUGAAGUUGUUAGGCAUUCAACACAAGAACGCCAGUGGGAAGUGUACAGGUUUUUGUUGGAUGAAAGCCGUGAAUUUCCUUUGAGUAGCAGCCAAGCAAGAAGUCAGAUUGUGGACAAAGUUAGAAGAACAUUGAUGGGUUGGUAAGAAGCACUAUUUGUGCUAUGUGCCUUUUAAUGCCUUCCCUUUAUAAACCAUCUCAACUUGGUUUACCCUUUAAAUUUGGUUUAGGUAGUAGCAAUUAGUAAUUAACUACAAUCAUAUAAUUUUAGCAUUUGUAGUUCAUCUUAUGUUUCUUUUCUUUGGCUUUAGUAAUAAAUUUUAUGUACAUUGGUUUUUCUGUACAAACGUCUAAGUCACAUGAUAAUUUUCUUUGGCAAAUUUCGAUGCAUGGAAUGCGCUACCAAUGAACUGGAU